AUGGAGGGCCUCUUUUUCAACGUUAACAAUGGUUACAUCGAAGGCAUUGUACGGGGGUACAGGAACGGCCUUCUAACUGGUGCUAACUAUUCUAACCUGACGCAAUGCGAGACCAUCGAUGAUCUCAAGCUGCAACUUGGUCCUGCUUACGGCGAUUUCCUCGCAUCUCUCCCUCCCAAUCCGUCCACCUCUAGUCUCGCCGCCAAAACAACCGACAAGCUCGUCUCCGAAUUCCGCUACGUCCGCGCAAACGCUGUCGGAUCUCUCGCGCAGUUCCUAGACUACCUAACAUAUGGCUACAUGAUCGACAAUGUAGCUCUUCUCAUCACCGGUACCCUGCACGAACGAGAUACCCGCGAGCUGCUAGACCGAUGUCAUCCUCUCGGCUGGUUCGAGACGAUGCCCGUUCUCUGCGUGGCAACCAACAUCGAAGAACUAUACAACAGCGUGCUGAUAGAGACGCCCUUAGCACCCUACUUCAAGGGUAGCUUGAGCCACCAAGACCUGGACGAGUUGAACAUCGAAAUCGUACGGAACACGCUGUACAAGAACUACCUCGAGGACUUCUACAACUUCGUCAACACUCACCCAGACAUGGCCGGCACCCCUACAUCCGAAGUUAUGAACGAGAUCCUGGAGUUCGAGGCCGACAGGCGAGCCAUCAACAUCACCCUUAACUCCUUCGGCACCGAGCUGAGCAAGGCGGACCGUAAUAAGUUGUACCCGAGCUUUGGCCGACUCUAUCCCGAGGGCACGCUGAUGCUGUCGAGGUCGGAUGAUUUUGAGGGUGUAAGAUUGGCAGUCGACGGUGUUGCUGAUUACAAGACUUUCCUCGAGGCUGCAGGAUUAGGUGGUGGACCAUCAGGACCAGGCAAUAUGGCCGGUGGGGCCGGCGGCAACGAGAGAAGCUUGGAAGACAUGUUCUACCAGAAGGAGAUGGAGAUUUCCAAGAGUGCCUUCACGAGGCAAUUCACAUAUGCCAUCGUGUAUGCGUGGGUGAAACUUAGAGAGCAGGAAAUCCGCAACAUCACGUGGAUCGCCGAGUGCAUAGCACAGAACCAGAAGGAGAGGAUCGGCAACUAUAUCAGCGUAUUCUGA